AUGAAAGUUGGAGGCCAAGUGAUUGACAAGGCUGUUGAAAACUACACUGAUGAGGAGUUUGAAAAGGUUGAGGACCAGGAAAGGGAUUUAGCCGCUUUAACCAUGGCAUUAUGUCCUGACAUUGCUCAAGGUUUUCGUGAGUACACUUCAGCUAAAGAUCUGUGGGAAGCCCUAAUUGAAGUCUAUGAGGGCAAUGAAAAUAUGAAGGAGAGUCGGCAGGACAUGUUGAGACAAAAAUUCAAUAUGUUCAACUACGUACUAGGAGAGACUCUUGAGGCUCAGCUGCAGCGAUUCACAGCUCUCACAACUAACAUGAAUAUAGCGGGGAUUUUCUUGACCAAAUAUGAGAUCAACAAGAAGCUUCUGAAUGCUCUUCCUUGA